AGAGAUCAAGCGAUUGCAGUUAUUAAGAAGAAGACACAGCCGAGGGAGAAGGGGGGCAUGUCCAAGUCUCCUAAACAGUCUCGUUUCUUGGGGGUCUCCUGGGAUUGUCACCACAAGAAAUGGACCGCACGUCUAUACCAUGAUGGGACGCGCGUUUUGUCUCAAACAUUCAAGGAAGAUCAGGAAGAGGAGGCUGCCCUCGUGUAUGAUAUGUACGCGCGCAGGUACCACGGUGACGGCGCCUUUGUCAAUUUCGACAUGAACGGAAACUUCUUGGACCCCAAAAAUCGAUCGACCCGGAUAGAUGCCAGCGCCGGCGUAGACAAAGACAGUCAAAACAUGGAUUUUAGAGGUGUCUCGUGGUCCAAGGAGACCAAUAAAUGGUACGCGCAGAUUCGCGUGGCAGGACGUACGUUCAACCUAGGAUAUUUCUCAGACGUCAAAGCCGCUGCCUUGCAGUACGACAUGGCGGCGCGCAAAUAUCAUGGGACAUACGCGCGUUGCAAUUUUGAUUUACAAGGAAAUCGAACGCAGGUUCGAAUGAAGCUCAACAACUCGGCAGCUGCCAAGGUCAAAUAUACUGUGCGUGAGAACUCGGACAAAGAAGACGAGAACAGUUGA